UCCUGCUUGAUCACCCUUUUCCUAGAAGGAAAAUCGCGCAGAACAGCGCAGACGCGAGAUUUUUCCUCGCUCAAACUCUCGCGUAUUCCUAUCAGUAGUCAUCGGGCUCUCGUCGCUGCAAUGAUAGACGGAACUAGUAUGGAAAUAACGAACACUGUCACGAGUAUUCACGAUCACAAACAAGACAUGCAGUUGAGUGUCCAGCUUAAUCGCUGGAUAUUAAAGCCGAUAGGUGUCUGGCCAAAAUCAGCCGAUCUCUCGUGGAUAGGAAAGUUCGUGUAUCUUCUGGUAAAUGUAAUCUGUACCGGUCUGGUCAGUUUCCUCUUUAUACCCUCUGCCAUUUACAUGGUGCUUGAAAUGAAUGAUAUGUAUCGUAUUCUGAAACUCUCCGGGGCGCUGAGUUUUUGCAUAAUGGCCAUCAUGAAAUAUUCCUCGCUGAUCAUUCGUGAGAACGACAUCCGCAUUGGUAUAAAGCAUAUCGAGAGAGACUGGACGAAUACUCGACACGACGGGGAUCGAGUUAUCAUGAUCAGGAACGCAAAAUUCGGCCGACGCCUCGUGGCGAUCUGCGCGUUCUUCAUGUACGGCGGUGCCGUUUUCUAUUAUCUCGCUCUGCCGUUCAGUGUCGGCAAGAUUACAGAGGACGAUGGAAACCUGACGUACAGGCCACUGGUGUAUCCGAUCGCCAGGGUGAUUGUCGACGCGCGACACAGUCCCGUCAGUGAGAUUCUCUUUUGGUUGCAAUGCAUAUCAGGUUUCAUCGCGCACUCCAUCUCCGCUGGUGCAUGCAGCUUGGCCGCCGUGUUCGCGAUGCACGCUUACGGUCGUCUGGAGGUCUUGAUACAAUGGAUCGAGCAUCUAGUGGACGGCCGGGAAGAUUUGUGUGAUAACGUGGAUGAGAGAUUGGCGAUGAUUGUGCAACAGCACGUUCGAAUCUUACGUUUUAUAUCACUAACGGACAAGGUACUGCGCGAAAUAUCUCUCGUGGAAAUUGUAGGAUGUACGUUAAACAUGUGUCUUCUUGGAUAUUUUUCUAUCACGGAAUGGGAGACUAGAGAGCCUGCACGCUAUAUAACAUUUAUCGUUCUGCUUAUAUCUCUUACGUUCAAUAUCUUUAUAUUCUGUUACAUUGGCGAGCUUGUUACAGAAAAGUGCAAGAAGGUCGGCGAGGUAUCCUACAUGAUCGAUUGGCAUCGUCUGCCAGAAAGAAAGGGCCUCGCUCUCGUGUUGAUGAUCGCUGUCUCCAAUACGUCGAUCAAACUUACCGCUGGAAGUUUCUUCGAGUUAUCUCUCAGUACUUUCGGCGACGUAGUUAAGACAUCUGUCGCUUACUUAAACAUGCUGCGAACAUUAACUACAUGAAAUUUGUUCGAAGUGUAGAAA